AUGGAGAAGAAGGCCCGUUUUCCCUGCCACCGGCACCUCCUCGUUCUCGUCGUCACCGCCGUCCUCUUCUCCGCCGCGGACCUGGCGGCGGCCCAGCUUGCCGCCGGCGACGCGGCCGCAAUGAGGACCCUCGCUAAGUCCCUCGAUCCAGCCAGCAAGCUUGGCUGGUUGGACUCCUCCGACCCCUGCGAUCACUGGGUCGGCGUCCGUUGCUCCGGAGACCGCGUCGUCGCCAUCCAAGUCGGCAACCGAGGCCUCUCCGGCGUCCUCCCGCCGGACAUCCGCAACCUCACCGCCCUCACCCGCCUCGAGCUCAUGAGCAACCGCCUCUCCGGUCCCAUCCCCUCCCUCACCGGCCUCGCGACCCUCGAGACCCUCUUCCUCGCCAACAACAACUUCUCCUCCAUCCCCGGAGACUUCUUCUCCGGCCUCUACUCCCUUACCAACGUCUACCUCGACAACAACCCUUUCGCCGGCUGGAGCAUCCCACCGUCCCUCCGCGACGCCUCCGGCCUCCUCAACUUCUCCGCCAACAUUGCCAACCUCACCGGCACCAUCCCGGACUUCCUCGCCGACGGCUUCCCCAGUUUCUACCACCUCGCCCUCGCCUACAAUUACCUCGAAGGCCCGCUCCCCUCCGCCUUCUCCGGCUUCUCGCUGAGCUCCCUCUGGCUCAACAACCAGAAGGGAAGCCGCCGUCUCUCCGGCAGCAUCGACGUCAUCCGGAACAUGACCAACCUCAAGCGGCUCCAGCUGCAAUCCAAUUCCUUCUCCGGCCCGAUACCCGACCUCUCCCGCCUCGAAAACCUUCAUGACUUGAAUCUUCGCGAUAACAAGCUAACCGGCCCCGUGCCGAGCUCGCUGACUUCGCUCAAGUCUCUUGAGAACGUUAUAUUGACCAAUAAUCUCCUGCAGGGGCCGGUGCCCGUGUUCCCGAAGACAAUGAAGAAGGUGGACCUCGACCCACGUACAGAGAGAUUCUGCGUUGACGAAGUCGGCGUCGACUGCGAUCCCCGGGUGAAUGUGCUGCUCUCCAUUGCCGAGUCCUUUGGCUAUCCUAUUUACCUUGCCGACAAUUGGAGAGGGAAUGAUCCCUGCCAAGGUUUCACGGGGAUUACGUGCGAUCCCAGUGGCAACAUCACCCUCGUCGUCUUGCAGAACUUGGGCCUCAACGGUACCAUCUCGCAGGGCUUCCAGUUGCUGCCUAAGCUGCAGAAGCUGCUUCUCUCUGGUAAUAAUCUCACUGGCACUAUCCCAUCAGAGCUUACUAAUCUGAAGUAUCUCCAGGUAUUGGAUGUGUCUCGCAAUGCACUCUGGGGGAAUGUUCCAAGGUUUGGUGGGAAUGUUUCGGUGAACACGGAUGGGAAUCCGGAUAUUGGAAGAGAUGGUCCUCCACCUCCAAAUUCUGGCUAUGCUGAUGACGGUGGAAGGAAGAAGUCCACAGCAGUCAUGGUGGGCUCUAUCGUUGCUGUGCUCUAUGGUGUUCUCCUGGCUGGCAUUUUGCUGGGUUUCUGCUAUUGCAAGAGAAGGAAGCAGAGUAAACUUCAGAGGGCUAACAAUAUAGUGAUACACCAUCAGCAUUCUGGUUCUGAUAUGAAGCUGUUGAAGGCUACAAUUGCAAGCAAUGAGAGCAGUGCAAACAGGCUCAAGAGCAUUGAACCCGAUAUAGCUGAGCCAGGGAGCAUGGCUGUUUCGAUGCAAUUACUUCGGGAGGUGACGAAUAACUUCAGCGAGGAUAAUAUCUUGGGCUGUGGGGGGUUUGGGACAGUUUAUAAGGGGGAGCUCCAUGAUGGCUCCAUGAUUGCAGUGAAGCGAAUGGAGACCAGGGCGACGGGUUCGAAGGGUUUGCAUCAGUUUAAGUCAGAGAUUUCGGUCCUCACCAACGUCCGGCAUCGGCAUCUGGUGUCCCUCCUUGGCUACUGCUUGGAAGAAAAUGAGAGGAUUCUGAUUUAUGAGUACAUGUCUCAGGGUGAACUCAGUCGCCAUCUUUUUGAUUGGAUGAAAGCAGGAUUGAAGCCACUGGAAUGGAAAAGGAGACUGACCAUUGCAUUGGAUGUAGCCCGUGGUGUAGAGUAUCUACACAAUCUGGCUAAUCGAUGUUUCAUACACAGGGAUCUGAAGCCCUCUAAUAUUCUGCUUGGAGAUAAUAUGAGAGCUAAGGUUGCUGAUUUUGGAUUAGUUCGGCUUGUGCAAGAAGGGAACCAGUCUAUUGAAACUAGGCUUGCUGGAACCUUUGGGUACCUUGAUCCAGAGUAUGCAGUGAUGGGGCGUCUGACCACCAAAGCCGAUGUCUUUAGCUUCGGAGUGAUACUCAUGGAGCUGAUCACUGGUAGGAAAGCAAUCGACAGAGACCUGCCGGAGGAGAGCAUGCACUUGGUGACUUGGUUUCGGAGGAUGCACCUCGAUGAGGAGACCUUCGAGAAGACCGUUGACCCCAAUAUCAUUUUUGAUGAGGAGACCUUCAAGAGCAUAAAGACAGUUGCUGAUUUGUCUUGCUAUUGCACUGUAAGGGAUCCCUACCGGAGGCCAGACAUGGGGUAUGCUGUCAAUGUCCUGUCAUCACUUGCUGGAAUUUGGAAGCCAACUGAUGUUGAAUUGGAGGAUGGUUAUGGUAUUGGCCUUGAAGUUCGAUCACCGCAGGUGUUUAGGAAGUGGCUGGAAUCCACGGACGGUAGCCAAAUGGAUGGCACUGCAUCGUCAUCGUAUAUUCCUAGCACGGACACCUACCAGGGCAGCAUUCAUACAAGAUCCCCAGACUUUACUGAAUCUUUCACCUCAGUAGAUUCAAGAUAGAUCAGAAAUAGAGGAUCUAGUAGAAAAGCUCUUAGUGUAGCAUGUUAAUUCCCUAUUUCCUAGCACCUAGCUAGCCUCUCAUAUACUUCUGAGUUUGGAAGUCUCUUUUCCUAUCUUCCUUUACAUGGUUUCUGAUUUAUAUUUUUUACAUUUUAAUUGUUGCUCCAUGAUAAGCUUGAUUCCUUUUUCUUUUCUUCUUUAAGUUCAGUUAAUGGUAAGAAAAGAUACUUAAACAAGCUUGGUACUUUGCUUCAUGAUUAGGUUUUGUCCAAAUCAAAAAUUCAAAAUGAUGGGUUGUGUUUCAGUGAUUCACAGUGCAUAAACUGAUGUCAAUUAUGGGUGACAUCACCUUCUUUAGUCAUGAUUCCACCAUUGCAUGGUAUGGAGGAUAUCGUUUCCUGCAUGUGUUCACUCAUCUGUUUGUAGUUUGAUAAAUAAUGUUUUUUUUUUCUUUUUCGGUCAUAUGGUUUGAUCUAUGCCUUGGUGGCUGCUCAAAGUUCAAUUGUAAGGAAACAUCACUAUUAUUUUCAUCAUCCAUGUGAUUGAAACAUACAAUAAAAUAGCCUAACAUGUAUCUGUAUUUGCCUUAGAUGAUUGUUUUUAGAGCCACCAUUAACAGGUGGGACUAAUAGUAUAUGGGGGAUGGUUGAGGAAUUUGCCCGGCAUUGCAUCGACAAGUUCCAUGAGGGGUGGAGCUGCUCUUGCGACUUCCAGUUUGCAUCAUUUCAGCUGGUCAAGUGCAGACACCCGGCACUUGGAUUUUGAUGAUAUUAGUUUAGCUGUCGAGACAUUCAUUCCCUUUUCCCCUUAAGUUAUUGCACUUGAUAUAUCAAAACAUUCUUUUGUUGGUUUGUCAUUCUUAACAUCCCCUCUUACCUGUGGAAAUGUCUGAAUUUCAGGGAAUGAAACAGUGAGAGAAGGAAAGAGAUAUCAUGAUAGAGCUAGAAGGAGAUGGAUCGAGGGAAUUUAGACUUUUGAGGAGGAGGAGAGGCAAAGGAGUAUUUAUAUGGACUUUGGAGAAGAAUGGGAACUGGAGCUGUCUAAAAUGGCGUUUUGUAAACGUACAAGAGUUCAGAGGAGGGAGCCGGGACGUUUGUUUUUGAAUGUUGACCGUUGAACGUUUGAUGUUGUGAGCCGGGAAGUAGCGAAGGAGGAGGGGAGGAAUUGAAAACUGGGGCAUGAGCUGGAAAGUCGACCGGGCUUGACCCAACCUGAGUCAACGAUCCAACGGUUCCUAAAUCUUCUUAAUUUCCUACAUGGAAACAUCUGAAUUUUGAAGAUGACCAGUAAAGCCAGUCAUCUAGUGGGCGAAAAAUACAAUUGUAUGUAUUUUUGUGCAUGAAUAUACAUAGUUGCACUAAUAAAUCCAUAAAUACGGUAAAGAUCUAGUUAGAUGACGAUGCUUACAUAAUAUAUAUGGCCAACCCUAGGGUAACCUGGCUUAAAAAUUUUAAAGUGGGAAUUUUAGAGCCUGCUUGGCAUUGCUUUUAUUGGCGAGUUAGUUAAGUGGCGAGUUAGUUAAGUGGGUUCUUAUUUUUUGUUGUUGAUAAAACUAGAUU